AGCUGUCAGAGAGGGAGCUGGGCUGCAGAUCGAGUCGCAGCCAUUGCACACCCUUUUCUUGCAGCUGAGGAAGGAGCAGCGUGCCAAGAUGUGCAAAGGACUUGCUGCGCUGCCGCACACAUGCCUGGAGAGGGCCAAGGAGAUCAAGACCAAGUUGGGCACACUGCUCCAGAAGCCUGACUCGGCCAUUGACUUCAUCAUCCCCUACCCGGAGAAGCCGGAGAAGCCAUCCAAGGCCCUGAAACCAUCCCCGGAGGAGGUCCUGCAGUGGCGCGACUCCCUGGAGAAGCUCCUGCAGAACCCCUAUGGGCUCGCCAGCUUCCGCAGCUUCCUGUGCUCUGAGUUCAGUGAGGAGAAUGUCGAGUUCUGGGUGGCCUGUGAGGACUACAAGAAGACCAAGUCCCCUGUGAAGAUGGAAGAGAAGGCCAAAAGGAUCUACGAGGAGUUCAUCCAGACCGAGGCACCCAAAGAGGUGAACAUUGACCACUUCACCAAGGCUGUGACUAUGAAGAACCUGGUGGAGCCAUCGCCGAGCAGCUUCGACAUGGCCCAGAAGAGGAUCUUUGCUCUGAUGGAGAAAGACUCCUUGCCCAGAUUCGUGCGGUCGGAGUUUUAUCAAGAGUUAAUCAAGUAGCAAUGCGGCCAGGCUGCAUGAGGCAGCUCACCACGGGCAGCCUUACUGCUUCUGUCUCAGCACCUACUCCUAUAGCCACUUUGCUUUCAUGAUGCCACAUUGCAAGAGCACUUAGGAAUGUUGCUAAAUGCCUGUCCCAGUGUUUUGGACUCUUAGAUGGCCCAAUGUCUCCUUUCUUUCCCAUAGAGGACCAGCUCACAGGAGCACCAGUUGAUGCUCCAGGGCCCGACUAGUUCAAAACACUGGCACCGUUUAGCAACCCUGUGUACCAAGCUCAUACUUUCCAGCCCAAAGCUGCAUCCCCACCGCCCAAGUGCAGCCUAGUGUUGUGGCCCCGAUGGCUGAUGCCAUGCUCAGGUGGUGUCUCUGGGGGUGCUGCAGUGGUUGCUUCUCUCUCUGGUUGCUUCUCUGCAGCAGGCAUGCCACAGCGAUAAUUCUGCACAAACCCAAACCAGGGGCACCUGUGAGAGGAGGGAGGACAGUCGUGCUGGGGGAGAAAAGAGCUGCUGAGUGAAACCUGUCAGAGAAAAAUUCCAGGGAACAUAAAGCAAGCAAACAGCAAAGAUGUCAUUGGAAUUAUGAAAAAUAAAACCCCAUCUUCUUGAACAGAUAGCAAACUCUGUUGAGCUUGUGUAGCCUGCCUCUCUCUUCUUGUCUCCCUCUCUCUGCCCAGGGCAUGUGUUUCCACAAGGCCAUCUCCUAAAAAGACCACAUCUUUUCAAGCAAUCCAAAUCCAGCCUGCUGUCUGCCACCAGAAGAAACUGCAUCUGGCGAUGGGGCAAAGGCAUAUGCAAAAGGUAGCUGGGACCUCAUCCAGCCCUGAACCAGCGUGUCCCUGGAUGUGGAAUGAGCUGAGCCCCACUGCUGGGAGAUCCCUGCAGCAUCCGUGUGCAAGGAGCAGCACUCCUCACUGCCUGCACUCACUCGUGAUCAGACUGCUAAAUUUUAGGCCGUGAGGCUCCACGCAGCCUCUUCAGCGUUUACAGAAUUGGAUCAAAACCUCAGCAAACCCAAAUAUUUAUACGCCGUCACUAUGGCAACGAAUAAAAAUACUGCAGGAAGCGGGCUGCAUUUUCCAGGCAGGGAGGGGAUGCAGGGGAAUGAUGAAGGCGAUCAUACGUGUGAUGUUGGCAGUGGCUUUUUUUUCUCCUCUCAAGCAAGUGGCUGGGAAAGUUGGAGCUGGAGCAGCAGGGCGAGGCUGGUGAGUCCUCUGGGGUAGCUGAAGCUGCCAAAAGGUGUGGGAUAACCCCAGCACGGGUGCAUGGCAGGAAUGGGCAGGAGGCUCAGGCAGCCCCACCAUCAGGAUAUCCCCACCACCACCUGCACAUCUUCACAAAGAGGUGCCACCAUAACCAAGUCUGGCAAGUUCAGGUCUCUCUGCAGAAAGACUCAAACCUUUAAUUCCCACGAAUUCUUUGGCAGCUAUUUCCAGAUACCCUCACAUGCUUCGCAGUUGAAUGCUGAUGUUGACACUCAUGAGGUUUGGACUCUAUUGGAAGCUGAAUGUGCAAAGAAAACCUGGGAUGUCAUUGGCUGCAGCAGCUCUAUGUGGGGCAGGAAGACAGGGCUGGGGAAUGUGAAUGCCCAAAAGAAAGCUGGAGGCCAUGGAAGUGAAACAGCCCAUUGGGAAUCCCACACCAGCUCGACCUCUGCUGAAAAUGUUGGAAACCUGCUUUAGCGGUGAUGUAACAGUUCCAGCAAGGAAUAGGGUGGCCAUGAAUUGUGCCCCCCAAAGUGUUUUGGAGCUCUUGUGAAGUUGUGUUUGUGUAGAAGGCUCGUUUGGGCAUGCUUACCUGGAAACAUAGCGAUGCUUAUACCGCAUGGCCAGGCUUUCUGCAGGCCCAGGAGUGUUUGCUAAGCUAGUACCAAUCAUCAUAUCUCUGAUAGUAAAUGCUUCAUGUAUUUUGUCACUCUUGCUCUUACCAAGAUUGGCAUAUAUAUGAGCACACUUCACAUGACAUUAUACAUCUAUAACGUUGCAUCCAUACAUAAGUAUACACACACACAUAUACAUACUCUUAAUAUCAGCAUCCAGAUCCCAGUCAGUCAGUGAAUCAAAGUGCAGUUUGUGGAUGCGGUGCCUGGGGUCUGAGGGAUAAGUAAAUGGAUUUAGCAUAGUCCCCAGCACCACCAAAGGAAACCUCAGCCCCUCACCUGCUGAAAAGAGGUGCAUCCUCCCUCAUACCUUUAGAAGCCACCCCGUGCCAUGGCUCUGGCACUGCGCACCCCAAGGCCCAUCGGGUGCUUGGGGACCCUCCUUUGCCAUGGGGCAAGGCAACCCCAUGAUGCAGUCUGGGCCCCAGCACCAUGCCAUUGUGGAACGGCCAUUGGUGCCCAUGGGUGGCUGACAGUGUCCCAGGGAUCACCCCAGCCCCUGGCCACUGGUCUGGGCUCCCUGGCUGGGAAUGCAGAAGGCCAUGGUCAUUAGCCAAGGCUGGAGCAGGAUGGGCUCCUUACAGGUCCAAGGAGCUGCUUCUCAGUUUGAUGCUGUCCAUGUGUUUUCUGUGUUUGAAGAUGCAGGAUGCUGGUGUUCACUGAGGAACUGGUUGCAUUAACCCACAUUCUUGUACCACUCGGUAAUCCACAUAUAAACAUUUACUUCUGCUACUGUC